CAUGAAGGCUCAGAAAACAAUCCUUGUUGUUGUUGUUGUUGUGCAAAUCGCCACAUCCGACACCCAAAUAGAAAGUGGGUGGCGAUUUAGAGCACCGUUGAAGCAGGGAGCGGAUGCUGACCUCUUCGCAAGCAGCCCGAUGGCUGCCGCGGGACUUUGUCGAGGCUUCACAGCUGGGUGGUGUGUUCACCAUCGUUGCGUACGCUGUGAUGCUCAUUGUUUUCAUGUGUGAGCUGAUAUCGUUUGCAAGCCCGCAAUAUGCCACGGUGUUGGCCCUGGACAAAGCCGGAAGUGACUCCCUGCAGAUCAACUUUGAUGUCGACGUCCACGACAUUGAAUGCAGAAACUUGCAAGUUGUCGUUUAUGCACAAAAUGGCAAAGAACGACUAAGCUCGUCAGGUGAGGACUUCUGGCUCCGAUCGAUUGAUGCGCAGGGCAAGCAGUUUGGUGUGGCGGUGAAGCCACAGGAUGCCCAAGGAGAAGUAGCGGAGGAUCAUGACAAGCAGAUGCAAGAUGUUCGCAAGCAGGAUGGUGGCCAGGAGCUCGAUUCUGAUUGGUCAUCCUCCCACGAUGGCUUUCGGCACAAGAGCUUGGAGCAUGUCAUCCAGGGCCACGACUUCACCUGCAUCAACUUCUUUGCUGGUUGGUGCAGCCACUGCCAGAAGUUUGCUCCAGAAUGGGAGAAGCUUGCUGACAAGGUGCAUGGCAAAGAUGGGGCUCCGAUGAAGUUCCCUGAUCGUGAUGGUGUUGAGCGGCAGGUCCGACUCAUCAAGGUUAACUGCGUGGACUUCCACGACGUUUGCGCGCCCCAGGGCAUCGAUGCUUACCCCACAGUGCGUCUCUACAAGGCAGAUGGCACUUUCUCAGUUUUUGAUGGCCGCCGAGGGGAGGUGGAAAUCAUUCGAUGGUUGGAGAGGAUGAUCAAAAUGAAGAGUUAUGGAUGGGGAGCUCACCAUGAGGUCUUUGAGCGUGGCUGCAAUGCCCGGGGCCGUUUGCAGGUGCCACGGGUGCCAGGCCAUUUGGAGCUCAUGGCUGGGGGUGGAGACCAGACACUUAAUCCAAGGAUGACCAAUGUGUCUCACACGAUCAAGCACCUCUCCUUCUCCGAUGCCAAUGAUGGCAAGUUUCAUCGGAAGGGGUGGUCAAACUUUCCCAGGGAGGUUACACGGAAUCUGGCACCCUUGGAUGGUCAACGGUUUUUGACUUCUAGUUUCCACCAAGCGUACAUCCACGACUUGAAGGUUGUAAGCACUGUGUCUGGCAGCCAGACUACAUACCAGUUCCAGCACCAGGCACGUGUUUCGCAACUUCCGGAAGCAGAGAUUCCGCAGGCGCAAUUCCAUUACGAUAUCGAGCCGUUUUCGAUCUACGUACGGAGAGAUGAUAAGCGGUGGUACGAUUUUGGCACGUCUUUGUGCGCCGUGCUCGGUGGUGCCUUCGUCGUGAUGCGGCUCAUCUCGCGUUUCUCUUUGCACAUCUCUGCUUCACUGAAGCAUCUUUUCCCUGGUGCGAAAGUCGGGAGGGCUGGCGCCAUGAGUAUCGGCCACUUUGAGUGAGCCCAGCACUCUGAGCACGAAAAUGACCACGCGAAGAGU